CACAGGUUUUAAUCAGUGACAUGCUGAAAAUAAUCCGCAGUUGCUUAGGACUGAUCAAAAUUGUACUUGAUUGUACGGGGGCAGGAAAUAACUUAAUAGAGUUCCAUAAACCUAUCUUUUAUCAAUCUUAGAAUCAUGAUUAGCAAAUUAUUUUUAGGCAGCCUGGCCAAGCGGUUGCUCGCAAGGAAGAAAAAUUCUAUUCUGCCUUUCGUCCCAGUAGAGAUUUUGAACGAAAAACCUAUAGCAACAGCUCACACUUGGAAGCAAUUGUACAAAACUGGCGUGACAGGCCAGGUUGGUCUGCUCAAACAUACUCAGUUCACCGGUCACGGGCCUCUUGCUCAGCAAGCAUCACUGCAUUCUACAAGAAAAGAUUUUUCCGGCAAGCACAAGAAUUUAGGUGCCUUCGCUGUGGCCCCGCUGCACGUCGCCUCAUUCCCCUACCAGACGGACAACUCGUCCGGUCGCUGGCGCGCGCCCUUCAGACACAGAGAUCAACUCAAGCACACGCGACGGAUCGUCGUGAAGCUCGGGUCAGCCGUCAUAACCCGAGCUGAUGGCUGCGGCCUUGCCCUCGGCAGGCUUGCCUCGAUUGUAGAACAAGUGGCGGAGCUGCAGACGGAGGGACGCGAGAUGAUGAUCGUGACGAGCGGUGCGGUGGCAUUCGGCAAGCAGAAGAUGCAGCACGAACUGCUUAUGUCUCUGAGCAUGCGAGAGACGCUCUCCCACAAAGACCCUCUCAAAGAGGAAGGCAUGAAGAACUUGUUGGCACCUCGGGCGUCUGCCGCAGUGGGACAGUCGGGAUUAAUGUCACUUUACGAAGCAAUGUUCGCCCAAUACGGUGUAAGAGUUGCACAAAUUCUCAUCACCAAACCUGAUUUCUACAGCGAUGAAACUCGGAUGAACUUGAUUGCAACUAUAAACGAACUUUUGACUCUAAACAUCCUGCCAAUUAUCAACACCAAUGAUGCAGUUUCACCGCCCCCAGAUCUCGAGUUAGAAGCUAGCAAAAGUUUGGAUAUCAAAGACAAUGACUCUUUGGCUAGCCGCUUGGCCACGGAAAUUGAAUCUGAUCUCAUUAUUCUAAUGACCAAUGUUGACGGCAUCUUCAACAAGCCACCAGGUGCUUACGGUUCGAAGUUAAUUGACACUUUCAAUCCGGCGAUGAUUGGUCAGUUGGAGUUCGGGGAGAAGUCUGCAGAAGGCACAGGAGGGAUGGAUUCAAAGGUAAAAGCUGCUAAUUAUGCCUUAGCUCGAGGAACAAAUGUUGUCAUUUGUAAUGGCUUGACGCCUGGUGCAAUCAAAGGAAUCGUGGGCGGUCGGAAAAUUGGCACUUUUUUCACUUCUGAAAGCGAUAAUCAUGUCGAGGUUGAGGCGUUGGCAAGAAAUGCCAAGAAAGGGAGUCGCAUCCUUCAAUCUUUGAGCCCGCCAGAAAGAUCUUCAGCCAUAAAUAAACUCGCCGAUCUGCUUGUUUCUCGUCAGGAAUAUCUCAUGGAGGCCAAUGAAAAGGAUCUGGCUGAAGCGCGAGCUUCGAAGCUGUCAAGUGCGAUGAUUUCCCGACUCGCUCUUUCACCCACAAAAAUAAAGUAUCUCUCGGAUGGCCUGAAACAAAUUGCCCAAGAUUCGAAAAACACUUUAAAUCGAGUGAUGCAACGAACAAAAAUAGCGGAGAACGUUUUUCUUAAGAAGAUUACGGUACCAAUUGGAGUGUUACUUGUCAUUUUUGAAUCCCGACCAGAUUGCUUGCCCCAAGUAGCCGCAUUAGCGAUCGCCACUGGUAACGGUUUGCUACUUAAAGGCGGCAAAGAAGCAUCACACUCGAACAAAGCUUUGAUGAAUCUCGUAAGUGAAGCUCUUUCGAUGGUGGGAGCAGCUGGCGCAAUCUCACUCAUCACAACGAGAGAUCAAAUCUCCGACCUUCUUCAGCUGGAUCAAGAGAUAGAUUUGGUGAUUCCUCGAGGAUCUUCUGAAUUGGUGAAAUCUAUCAAAGAACAAUCGCAUAACAUCCCAGUCCUCGGCCAUGCAGAAGGCAUUUGUCACGUUUACGUUGAUAAAGCUGCGGAUAUCGUGAAAGCUGUCAAAAUAGUAAGGGACGCAAAAUGCGAUUACCCAGCGGCGUGCAAUGCCAUGGAGACGCUUCUGCUGCAUCGUGAUGUGUACAUGAAGGACCAACACUUCGACAACAUUUGCCAGGAGCUCAAGAAAGAAGGAGUUCAGAUUUACUCUGGACCCAAGCUCGCCAAAAACCUAACCUUCGGACCACCGCCCGCAAAAACCUUCAAAAUGGAAUACGGCGAACUAAAAUGCACCAUAGAAAUCGUUGAUAAUAUCGACGAAGCCAUUGAUCACAUCCACACAUACGGCUCGUCACACACCGACGUGAUCGUGACUGAGGACAAGGAGGCGGCAAAAUACUUCCUAAACUCCGUUGACUCCGCCUGUGUCUUCCACAACGCCUCAUCUCGCUUCGCAGACGGGUACCGCUUCGGACUGGGAGCCGAGGUCGGCAUCAGCACCUCCCGCAUCCAUGCUCGAGGUCCUGUAGGAAUGGAAGGACUCCUCACAUCCAAGUGGAUUAUUGAAGCUGACGCCGCGGUUGCUUCGGAGUUUUCAUCUGGCAUAAAACAGUACCUUCAUCAGAAUUUUCCGGUGGACGAAGAACAAGAUCAGGCUGAGCGGAACUUGGAACUUGAAGACGAAAUUUCUGCGAACUGAUGAUACAGGAAGCGCCUUCAGUCGUUAAAAAAACAUUUGCUUGUCCAAUAUUUAUUGAAGCGCCUCAUUUUUGCGAAGGUUUCAUUGCUUUGCCAUUUCAGCUGAUGCCAACGUUAAUCGCUCCGCAUGUACUCUUGCUUCCGUUUUGUCUCGCUCUCCAGUAUUAUAUUUGGAGUGUUUUAAUGAAUGUCUAUACCAGAUGUUUCCUUCAGUUUUGCUCGCAGUUUUCAUUACUCUUAAAAUGAUUUAAUUUUCCAUUAAAGUUGAUGCAUACUAGAUCAAAGUAAUCUCUUAACAUUUCUCACAGAGAAAGUGCUCAUUUCGAAUGACUUCAAGAUGUUCCCGUUGUCAUUUGUAACAUGUUGUCAUUUGUUCUGCGUUGUCAUGGCAGAAAUUCCUAUUUAUCAGAUUAACAUUAGUGCCGUUCUUACCGCCAGCAAGUGCGUACAUCAGCAUCGAAGCUGCAUAUAAUUAAGUGGACAUGUGAGUAAUUUGGAGUACGAAAUCUAAUUGAAUGCACUCAAAUUCAAGCAUUUAAUCGAAGGUAUCGCGUGUUUGAUCAAUUAUUAAAACUUUAUAAUUGGUUUUGCGUUAAAAAAAGACAAUUUCGGUUCAGUAAUACUAAUGAAUUAGGGUAUUAAUGUACAUCUGCUCGUUAAAUAAACCAGAUACAAGAUCCUUUAUUCGUGAAGAAACAGUAGGCGGGUCGGUACAAAUAAUUUUGCUAGAAAAAAUACCCUGUGAAUGGACAAUAUUCUUUUAAUUCUUAUUACGAAUAGACAAGGCGUCGUCCUGUAGAACAUUGCCGUAUGCCUUGAACUUAUGAGAUGUAACAAAGUAUGAUAUUUAUAAUUUACAGUUAGGAAAAUAAAAUAUUGUUCCAG